AUGGAAGCCAUUGCUAUUGGAGCUGCAGCCAAUCUUUCUUCGGAUGCUGCGAAAGGCAUCUUCCAAGAAAUCAAACGGCAUAUGAGGAACGUGGAGAAGAUAAAACCGGACGUCGAGCUUUGGUGCAGUAAGGUGGACAAGGUAAUCAAAGCCGAGGUGAAAAGUGUGAGGGAUCUUCAAGACAAAGCAAAGAGCAAGUGCUUCAUUGGCUUGUGCCCGAACCUCAAGUCUCGCUACCGACUUAGCAGGAAAGCUGAAGAAGUUGUUGCGACUGUGAAUGAACUCCUCCAACAAGGUGAAUUCAACUGCGUUUCAUGCCCUGCUCCUCCGGCAGACAUAGUGGAUGCAACACCUAAAGAUUUUGAGGCGUUCGAAUCAAGAGCGAAAGUAUUUAGAGACAUCAUAGAGGCAUUGAAAGAUGGUACAACCAACGUGAUAGGGGUGUAUGGGACGGCUGGUGUGGGCAAAACAACACCAGUCAGAGAAAUUUGUAGACAGGCCAAAGAAGAUAAGUUAUUUGAUUCCGUGAUUAUGGCAGUUGUGAAUCAGACUCCUGACCUUCAAAAAAUUCAAGACCAACUUGCAGAUUUGUUGGGUCUAAAAUUAGAAGAAAAGAGUGUGGAGGCAAGAGCAGGUCGAUUACGUGAAAGAUUGAAGAAAGAGAAGAAGGUUCUUGUUAUUUUAGAUGAUAUUUGGAAGAAACUAGAUUUGAAUGAUGUGGGCAUUCCUUUUGGAGAUGAAAAUAAGGGAUGCAGCAUAUUGCUCACUUCAAGAGAUCUAAAUGUUCUAAGGAAUGAGAUGGAUGCUCGAAAAAAUUUUGCAGUAUCUGUUUUAGAAGAUAAAGAAGCUUGGGACCUGUUUAAGAAGAUGGCUGGAGACGAUGCUGAAAGUCCUGAGUUGCGAUCUACAGCAGUUGAAGUAGCCAAAAAAUGUGCAGGACUGCCUGUCGCCAUUGCAACAGUUGCAAGGGCUUUAAGAAACAAAGGCUUAUUUGCGUGGAAUGAUGCUUUGAGAAAACUACAAAGGCCUUCCCCAACAAACUUCAAAGGAGUACCAGCAAAUGUUUAUUCAGCCAUAGAGUUGAGUUACAACCAUUUGGAAAGACAAGAACUCAAACAGACAUUCUUGCUUUGCGGGCUGCUAGGUCACAACACUUUCAUUAGAGACUUGCUGAGAUAUACAAUUGGUUUGGGUUUAUUUCAUGGUGUCAACAGAGUGGAAGAGUCAAGAGAUAGAUUGUUGACAGUGGUGAGUGAACUCAAAUCCUCUUGUUUGUUGCGUGAUAGUUACACAAAUGUGCGUGUUGAUAUGCAUGAUCUUAUUUGUGAUGUGGCCUUAGCAAUCCCUUAUAGGGACUACAAUGUCUUUGCACUAAAAGACGAAGAUGAUCUAGAAGAUUGGCCUAAUGGAUUGACAAUGGAAAAAUGCACCAUGAUUAGUUUGAGAUAUGCUAAUAUUAGCUAUUUUCCCAAAGAGUUGAAAUGUCCGCAACUUGAUCUUUUUCUUUUGUAUAACGAGGAUCUUUCCGUUGAAUUGCCAAUCAACUUUUUUAAGGAAACACUAAAUCUUAAAGUUUUAGAUUUGACUGAUAUGCAAUUUCAGUCCUUAUCUUCGUCAAUUAGUUUCCUAACAAACCUUCGGACAUUGUGCCUAGACCAAUGUAUUUUGGGAGAUAUCGCUGGGGUUGGUGAGCUCAAGAAUUUAGAAAUUCUUAGCCUUUUGCGUUCUGAUCUUGAAAGGCUACCUAAGGAAAUUGGGGAAUUGAUCAAAUUAAGGUUGUUAGAUCUCAGUGGUUGUACCAGACUCAAAAUAAUUCCACCAGGGGUCUUAUCGAGUUUGUCUAGAUUGGAAGAAUUGUAUAUGGGUGACAGUUUUGUUCAAUGGGAAGUAGAGAGGCGGGCCAACCAACAAAGCAAUGCUAGUCUUGCUGAAUUGAAGCUUUUGUCUCAUCUGACUACUUUAGAUGUUCUUAUUCCUGAUGCCAAGAUUAUGCCAGCGGACUUGUUCUCCAAGAAGUUGGAAAGAUAACAAGAUUUUCAUAGUAUAAGGAUGGAAUUGGGUUGGUGAGCGUAAACACUUAAGGGCAUUGAAACUCAAGUUAAAUACAAGUGUUGAUGAGUUGGAUCAUGGAUUUAAGAUGUUUCUAAAGAAAACUGAAGAUCUAUAUUUGGAUGACAUGAAAGGUGUCAAGAUUGCAAUGCAUGAGCUGAUGGAUGAGGAAAGCUUUCAGCAGUUGAAGAAUCUCCAUAUCCAAAAUGGUUCAGAGAUUGAAUAUAUCAUUAGUGAUGAUGGUGCAGCUUAUAAAAAUGAAUGUCUUCAAUUGCGAUCCUUGACACUUCAUGGUCUGCCACAGCUCAUUAGCUUUUGCUUUGAAAACAAAAGGGGCUCUAAUUCUUCAUGUCAAAAUGAGUUAUCGCUUUUUAGUGAAAAGUUGGUGUUCCCUUGCUUGGAGAGCCUUCGGUUGUCCUCAAUCAAUGUUGAAAGGAUAUGGCACAUCCGGUUUUCAAAUAUAUCUGAGUACGGCACUCAAAAUCUAACAAGUUUGACUAUUGAGGGUUGCGACAACUUGAAACAGCUAUUAUCAUCUUCUAUGGCUAGAAGUCUAACGCAUCUUAAAGGCUUUGAGAUAGUUGAAUGCAAAUGCUUAAGAGAGGUGAUAUUUGCAGGGGAUAUAGAAGAAGAAGACAAGGCUACGAUUUCAUUUCCUCAAUUAAACUCUCUAAAGAUAAGGAAGCUUCAACAUCUUAUUGGGUUUUGUUCAGAAAAUUAUAAUAUUGAAUUCCCAUCCUUGAAGCUUCUGGAGAUAGAGCAAUGUCCUCAGUUGCGGGGAUUCGUAUCUAAAUCUACAAUGGAGAAGAACCAACAUUUCUCUCCACAAGCUCUCUUCAAUGAAAAGGUUGCGUUCCCUACUUUGGAGCAACUGAGUAUUUCCUGGUUGAGAAAUAUGAAGAUGAUGUGGCACAAUCAACUCUCUGUAAAUUCCUUUUGCAAAUUGGAAACAAUGGUAGUUGAACAUUGUAAUGAGCUCUUUACCAUUUUUCCAUUUGAUUUGUUGACUACAUUUCAAGGACUUCAAACUCUACAAGUAUCUAGUUGUGGUUCAGUGGAACACAUUUGAACUCCAAAGGUUAAAUAUGAAAGAAACACAUAUUGUGGCUGCUCAACUAAGAGAAUUGUAUGUUUUUAAUCUAUCAAAACUGAAGAAUGUUUGGGGCGAGGACCCUCAAGGAAUUUUAACGUUUCAAAAUCUAAAUGUCGUAGAUAUUGGGUACUGUUGGAGUCUGAAGAAUGUGUUUCCAGCCUCGGUUGCCAGAGUUCUUCCACAACUUAAAGAUCUUGAAGUAGAUAGCUGUGCAGUAGAGGAGAUUGUUUCAAAAGCGGAAGGAUGGGAAACGAGUGUAACUAAUUUUGAGUUUGAUCAAGUGUCCUCCCUCGUGCUAUGGAACCUGCCAAAUCUCAGAUGUUUCUAUACGGGGAUGCAUACAACAAAGUGGCCGAUGUUAAAAAAGUUGAAAACAUACCACUGCAACAAACUGAAGAUACUUGACAUCGGUUGUCUUAAUUUGCCAGAUAUGAGUGAGGACAACCAAUUGGACUCUCCAAUCCAACCACCCCUUUUCUUAGUUGAAAAGUUAUGAACUCCGGAUCACACUUAAAAAGCUACCUAGUUGUAAUAAUACCAUGAACCUGAUUUUUUUUAUUGAUCAUUUAGUUCAAAUUUGAAUUUUAUCAUUUCUCUAAAUUUUCUAAAUUUGGGAAAGGUCUUAUAAUGGAAAUUCACCAGCUCUUUAGACUUUAAGUAAGGAGACACAAGCACAUCUGUACCAAUUAGCCAAAUGCUUAGAUGCUGUAAUUUUUC